AUGGCUACACAGCACAAGCAUCACAAUGUAAUACUGACAAACAUGUCUAUGCUAGGUGUGUUUUAUCGAGGAUGUGUCCCAACAGCAGUGAUUAAGUGGUGGAACAGCAGUAUGGAACAACUGGCCAGUGGUCCUGGACAGUCUUGCUCAAUGAAUGCAGAAAAUUGGAAGGCUUAUUCCCUUCCUCAGUGGGCUUAUCCAUUUACGGAUGACGACCAUAAUUCACUGAACACUGGGCUUGUUGGGGGCCUUGGUUAUGCAGUGCUUGGGGCUAUGCCACAGGAGAGGUCCUUUGGGGCUAUUUUUAUGAUUCCUACAAAUCCCCCUCCAACCUUCCGGAAGCCAGAGCUCUGGUCUGAUGAAUUCACAGAUUUUGUGAAGAAAUGCUUAGUGAAAAAUCCUGAACAAAGAGCUACAGCAACACAGCUGCUACAGCAUACAUUUAUUAAGAAUGCAAAACCAGUUUCAAUUUUAAGGGACCUUAUCACUGAAGCAAUGGAGAUAAAGGCGAAGCGACAUGAGGAACAGCAGAGAGAACUAGAAGAGGAGGAAGAAAAUUCAGAUGAAGAUGAGCUGGACUCUCACACCAUGGUGAAGACCAGUUCAGAGAGUGCUGGUACCAUGAGGGCCACAAGCACGAUGAGUGAAGGCGCUCAGACAAUGAUUGAACACAAUAGUACUAUGUUAGAAUCAGACUUGGGGACCAUGGUAAUAAAUAGUGAUGAUGAUGAAGAGGAAGAUGGGACCAUGAAAAGAAAUGCUACUUCACCGCAAGUUCAAAGACCGUCUUUCAUGGACUAUUUUGAUAAACAAGAUUCGAAGAAUAAAAGCCCUGAAAACUGUAAUCAGAACAUGCAUGAGCCUUACCACAUAUCCAAAAACGUUUUCCCUGAUAACUGGAAAGUCCCUCAAGAUGGAGACUUUGAUUUUACGGAUAAUCCUGUGGAACUUGUCGAUGUUGCUUGUACGUAUGAAGUUGCCUUCUUGAAAUAG